AUGCUUUUCCCAUUUGUCGGUGUUUUCCUGGCCGUCUCCCUCUGGGGUGCAUUCUUCCCUGUGCCGGGGUUUAUGCAUCCUGAGGAGGGUUUCCUGAAACGCAUCGGCGGCGCCUUUUGCGUGACACUGUCGGCCAAAAUGGCCUUCCACCUGGCGGAGGACUUACACUCCGAGUACAUGGUUCCUCACGAGGACCUGUACGAUCCCUGGACUGAUUUCGAAAGUCCAUGGGACUGGGUAGAGCUAGACACCACGGAGACGGCACUCAGCGUGGUCAUCCCGCUGUGGGAGGAGGCCGUCGAGCAGCCAGUCUGUGACUGGCACUCGACGGCAUCAAGAUCGCCCACGCCGUCUGGUGUCACCUUCACUGUCAUCGCUUUGGGUUUUCUGGCUUCCGUUUGGUUCCUUUGGAAGGGCCUCGGCUCUUCAGGUGCUUACACACUGAGAAUGGUCCGAGAUUGGUUCGGCAGACUCCUCGGGGGCAAACCCAAGGUAGCUCACUACCUUGAGACCGACGGAGCGUCCUCCCUGUACAAGGAGAUGGACGCUCUGAUCGCAGGUCCGAUGCCCUCGGCGGUCUCUGCCAGCUUCAUCGACGCCGUUCUCACCACUCCAGCCAUGCUGACCCCACCGGAGGAGCAACAGGUGGAGAGGGUCGUGAUGAUCCACCAAGAGGUGGAGGCAGCGACCCCCUGCUUGGAGCGCCGGUGUUCUGUCAGCGUGGUCCCGGACGUGGAUCCCUGCACCGUCAAAAAGGACUCGGAUUCCAUCCCUAACGGCGCCAACGAUGCUUUCUCGAAAAGCGACGGUCUUGCUCCCGACACGGAAUCUGCAACCGGUUCGACCCACCCGCCCGAGAGACAGAGGGACCUAGUGCCCCGUCAACCGGCGCCGGUGGAGGCCGGAGCGGAGCCCGAGUCGACCCCGCGACAGCGGAACAAUCGACCCAACCAGCGGCAGAGGCGGGCCUAUCAACGGCGACUCGAGAGAGAGCAGCAGGAACAACUGGAGCGAGAGGUCGAACAGACCGAUCUCGCGGCUGGUCCUGGGCCCCUCGAGCCGCAGGCACCGAUCACUCGAAACCUGGGGCCUGUUAAUCCAGGCGAUAGAGGUGUCCUGUUUCCCCGGCGGAGGAAUGAGCAACAAGGCGGUCCUCCCCCAGCUCCCACGCCUGUCAUGGGCGUGCAUCCGCCGCCGUCUGGUGACAUCCAGCCCAUGCCCCAAAUGCCUCCUUGCCCCCCGCAUGGGCCCUGCUAG